CAGCAGACGCAACUGAUAGAAAUGUGGAAAUCUGGAAGGUAAAGAAGCUAAUUAAGAGUUUGGAAGCCGCUAGAGGGAAUGGAACUUCUAUGAUCUCUCUCAUCAUUCCCCCCAAGGAUCAAAUUUCUCGUGUGGCAAAAAUGUUGGCAGAUGAAUACGGAACUGCCUCUAACAUUAAAUCUCGAGUAAAUCGUUUAUCUGUGUUGGCUGCUAUCACAUCAACGCAGCAAAGAUUGAAAUUAUACACUAAAGUUCCACCUAAUGGACUUGUCGUUUAUUGUG